AUGGAUUCCUCUGUUUUCUUCUUCAUUUUCUUCAUACUGCUACAAAUUUCACUAUCUCAUUCGAGUUUGAUUCUACCAUUAACGCACUCACUUUCCCCAACCCAAUACAACACCACGCACCACCUUCUCAAAUCUACCGCCGCCCGUUCGGCCACCCGCUUCCACCACCACCGCAACCGAAACCACCGCCAAGUUUCUCUCCCUCUCACCCCAGGCAGUGAUUACACCCUAUCCUUUUCACUCGGUUCCCAGACUAUCUCUCUGUAUAUGGAUACUGGCAGUGACAUUGUGUGGAUUCCUUUUCACCCUUUCGAUUGUAUACUCUGCGAAGGAAAGUAUAAUCCUAUUUCAGUCCCCAAUCCCGGCCCUCUCAAUCUUACCUCAGCCACACCAAUCACCUGUAAACAUCGUGCAUGUUCAGCAAUCCAUUCCUCUGCACCUUCCUCCGACCUCUGCGCCAUGGCGAAAUGUUCAUUAGAAGAAAUUGAAACAGGGGACUGCAAAUCGUCGCCUUGUCCACCUUUUUACUACGCGUAUGGCGAUGGAAGCUUCAUUGCAAGGCUUUAUGAAGAUACUUUAUCGAUACCUAUGUCAACACCUUCUUUUAAUCUGAAAAAAUUUACCUUUGGUGUUGCGCAUAGUGCUCUUGGUGAGCCUAUUGGUGUUGCUGGCUUUGGGCGGGGACCUCUAUCUUUGCCGGCCCAACUAGCCCGCGAUUCUCCUGAUAUAGGUAACUAUUUUUCGUACUGUUUGAUAUCGCACUCGUUCGACACUACCCAUGUUCUUCGCAGACCGAGUCCACUCAUUCUGGGACAUAGAUACUCGGGUGAAGAAAAAAGCAAAAAUGAGUUAACCAUGAAUGACAACAAUGGAGUUGUUUAUAGCUACACCCCAAUGCUUGAAAAUCCAAAGCAUCCCUAUUUUUACUGCGUUGGAUUGGAGGCUAUUUCAAUGGGGAAGAGGAAGAUACAGGCACCCAAUAGCAUGAAAAGAGUUGAUAGAAAGGGUAACGGCGGAAUGGUGGUGGAUUCCGGUACCACUUUCACUAUGUUACCAGCUAAGUUCUACGACUCAGUAGUGAGCGUGUUUGAUACCCGAGUUGGCGCGUUUUACAAGCGGGCGAGUGAGGUCGAGGACCGGACUGGACUCAGUCCGUGUUAUUAUGGUGAUGCCAAUGAGAAAUUUUUCAGAAAUGUGCCUCAAUUGGUGUUGCAUUUGGGAGGGAAUUCAACCGUGGUGAUGCCGCGAAGAAAUUAUUUCUACGAGUUCUUAGAGAAUGAUGGGAAGGUGAAGCGGCGUGUGGGUUGUAUGAUGCUGAUGAACGGUGGCGCUGUGGCAGAUGAGGAGGAUCCCGGCGGGCCGGCAGGGCUGUUGGGAAAUUACCAGCAGCAGGGGUUUGAAGUGGUUUAUGACUUGGAGAAAAAACGGAUCGGGUUCGCCCGGAGGCAGUGCGCAUCUUUGUGGGAUAGUCUGAACUAG